AAAUUUUCGAUUGAGCUUCGACUUGCAUUGGAAAACUUGGAAAAUGGAAACUGCUGAAAAGGCCAAAACUAACGCACAGCAAAUUAAACAAGUGCACAAAGCUGCAGCAGCGACAAUUGAAUCCAUGCUAAAGGAGCAAAAUAUUGAGGAGCACGAGCCACGCGUUGUCAAUCAAUUGGUUGAGUUUACAUUUGGCUAUGUGACCUCAAUGCUGGACGAUGCCAAAAUCUAUGCACAACAUGCGGGCAAGCAGCGCAUUGAGCUCGACGAUGUACGUCUGGCCCAAGAGCAGCAGAGACGACGCAGCGAGCUGCCCACAACUGAGCAGCUGGCCAAGUUGGCCGAGUCCAUCAAUGCCAAGCCGCUGCCAGCAAUCAAACCACACUGUGGACAGCGUCUGCCGCCAGCGCAUUGCUGUCUAACUGGUGUCAACUACAAGCUGCGUGCAGCAAAUCCGCCGCCCAAGAAGAUGCCCAAAUCAGCGCUGCGGACACACUUGGCCAACGCCAGCAAUGGAGCUGCCAAGCUGCAGCUGCAGCUGAAGCAGGAAGCUGCUGCUAUGAAAAUGGGGAGCGGCAGCUUUGCCUUUGUAAGAAAAGAAGUUAACAAUAAUAAAAAAUAG